ACUGUACUUCUUUGGGCAUGAAAAGACUUGGUAUGAAGCCCAAGAGUACUGUGAAGAGAAACACACGGGUCUAGUUGGUGGAACACAACAGCUGAAGGAGCUGGAGGAGGCUUGCUUUUGCUUAGGUUUAGGAUCAAACCAGUCUCUGGAGCAGCAUCAGAAAAAGAAGCAAGCUGAGCUAUUCAAGCUAAAUAACGGAGCAACCUAUGUGACCAUGGAAUCAUUACUGAAUUUCUGCACAAUUGAUCACAUCUUUAUUGGCCUAACCAGAGAAACCCGGGCUUGGUCAGAUGGGAGCAGGUUCUCUUUUACAUUCUGGGAUCCCAGAAAGACUGGAAACAAAGACUGCAUCAUGAUGAAUGACAGAGGCGAGUUGAUCAGUGAAGACUGUACAGAUAAAAGACCCUUCAUCUGCUAUACAGAUCAAGUGAUCCUGAUCAAAGAGAACAGAACCUGGGAGGAGGCCUUAUACUACUGCAGACAUCACCACCAUGACCUGGUCACCAUCACUAACAUGGAUGAACAGAUCUGGGUCCAGGAGAAAACCAAGAAUGCCUCCUCUCCCUUUGUGUGGACUGGACUGCGCUACACCUGCACUCUGGGGUUCUGGUUCUGGGUCAGUGAUGAGGUGGUCCACUACAAGAACUGGGCCUCACCUGAACAGGUGAAUGAGUGUGACAUGUCAGGAGCCAUGAAGACAGGAGGAGAACACAAUUGGUUCAAGAAACAUGAUGAGGAGAAGUUCAACUUUUUCUGUUCAAAGUGA